CCGGACCCCCCCCCCCCCCCCCGCCCCGGUACCGGGUCCCGGCCGCGAUGGCGGCGACACCGGCGGCCGAGAGGCCCAAGACCUCCCCGAAGUCGGUCAAGUUUCUCUUCGGCGGCCUGGCCGGGAUGGGGGCCACCGUCUUCGUGCAGCCCCUGGACCUGGUGAAGAACCGGAUGCAGCUGAGCGGGGAGGGGGCCAAGGGGCGCGAGUACCCCACCAGCCUGCACGCCCUCACCUCCAUCCUGCGCCGCGAGGGGCUGCGCGGCAUCUACACCGGGCUGUCGGCGGGGCUGCUGCGCCAGGCCACCUACACCACCACCCGCCUGGGGAUCUACAGCGUCCUGCUGGAGCGCCUGGGGGGGGCCGACGGGACCCCCCCUCCCUUCCUGGCCAAAGCCGCCAUCGGCAUGACCGCCGGCGCCGCCGGGGCCUUCGUCGGCACGCCCGCCGAGGUCGCCCUCAUCCGCAUGACGGCCGACGGCAGGUUGCCCCCCGCCGAGCGGCGCGGUUACCGCAACGUCUUCGACGCGCUGGUGCGGAUGGCGAGGGAGGAGGGGGUCGCCACGCUCUGGAGGGGCUGCAUCCCCACCAUGGCGCGGGCCGUGGUGGUCAACGCCGCCCAGCUCGCCUCCUACUCCCAAUCCAAGCAGUUCCUCCUCGACUCCGGGUAUUUCCGCGACGAUAUCCUCUGCCACUUCUGCGCCAGCAUGAUCAGCGGGCUGGUCACCACUGCCGCCUCCAUGCCCGUCGACAUCGUUAAGACCCGCAUCCAGAACAUGCGGACGAUCGAUGGGAAACCCGAAUACCGCAACGGGCUGGACGUGCUGGUGAAGGUGGUGCGGUACGAGGGGUUCUUCAGCCUCUGGAAGGGUUUUACCCCCUACUACGCCCGGCUGGGCCCCCACACCGUCCUCACCUUCAUCUUCCUCGAGCAGAUGAACAAGUGGUACAAGAGGCUCUUCCUCAGCGCCUGACCCUGCCCCAACCCGAGGGGGGGGGCUAUGGGGCAGCCCCAUAGCCCUAUAGGGCAGCCCUAUGGGGGUUAUAGAGUGUCUCGCUGUCCCUAUAGGGGCUGUGGGGGGUGUUCUCGAGUCCCCCGUGUCUCUCUGGGGGUUGGAGGGGUCCCUGGGGGGGGACGACGCUGUGGGGUGACUCUCUGGCCCCAUGGGGGGGGCUGUGGGGUGGCCCUGGGUCCCCACAGGGGGCUGUGGGGCCGCCCCGAGUCCCUAUAGGGGUUGUAGAGUGGCCCCAUGGCUGGGGGGGUGGGCUAUGGGACGUGUCUGUGGCCCCACAGGGGGCUGUGGGGUGUCCUCAUGUCCCUCAGGGGGGGCUAUGGGGUGGCCCCACAUCCCUGUGGGGCACUGUGGGGUGUCUUUCUGUCCCUAUGGGGGCUAUGGGGGGCCGUGGGGCAGCCUUGGGUCCCCUAUGGGGGCUAUAGGGUGUCCCCGUGAGGGUUUAUGGGGUGUCUGUCUGUCCCUAUAGGGGCUGUGGGGCAGACCCCCGUGUCCCCAUAGGGCAGCUGUGGGGUGGGUGACUAUGGGGUGCGCCCCCCUGCCACGGGGGGCUGUGUGUCGCCCGCCCCAUCCCUAUAGGUCAGUAAAGAAGCUGUUGGUGUCGGCUCCGGAGCCUCUAUGGGGUGGGCCCCAAAUACUGGGGGGGGGCCCCCAAAAAGCACCAGGCUGAUGCCCACCCCCCCAUCUCCCGUGGGGCCAGACGCCUGGGUCCCCCAACUUGGGGGUCUGGGGGGGGUGCAGGGAGCAGUACCUGUUAUGGGGCAGCCCCAUAUCACCCCCCCAAUACCUGAGGUUAAGAACCCCGUGGUGCCCCCUCCCCUGUUCUGCCCCACACUUUGGGGGACACUAGCCCCCCCCCAACCCCCCCCCCAACCACCAGCCCGGGGUCCAGUGCAGCCGAGGGGUUGUUUUGGGGUUCGGGGCUUUAUUGACAGUGAAUGUCAAGGUCACGCUGUGGGGCAGGAGCCCCCCCUCCCCCCAACUUCUGCCCCACAGCGGGUUCUCCUCCCCCCCCCCCCCCCCCCCCCCCGCCAUGGGGCGUCCCACGGUCCCCAGGGCCCAUCAAGUGCUUCGUUAAUGACUCCUUGUUAUCAAAUAAUUAAAGGAAAAUCUACAGA